CCGCCCCCGCUCCUGGCUGCAGUUCAGGUGUGUUACGGCUCGGAACCCGGUCUCACCUCCCGGUCCUCGUCGCAAUGUUUAGUAGAGUAUACGGGCGCUCAGCCUGAGUCUGACGGGAAUGGGCCCCCCGGUGGGGAGAAAACUUUGAAAGAGAGUAAAGGACCCGGCCAGAAAGAGUCUGUCCCUGUGGGAAGUGAUGGCUGUGGCUGUCCUGGAGCCCCAACUCCUUUCCCUGCACACACCAGAUGCCCCUGGGAAGCAAGAGAGCGUGCUGGUUGAGGAGCCCUCGGACCCUGAAACUUCUCGGCAGCAUUUCAGGCAGUUUCAGUACCCAGAUGUGGCCGGGCCCCGCCAGGCCCUGAGCCGGCUCCGAGCACUCUGCCUGCAGUGGCUGAGGCCAGAGAUUCAUACGAAGCAGCAGAUCCUGGAGCUCUUGGUGCUGGAGCAGUUCCUCACCGUCCUGCCCAGAGACAUCCAGGCUUGGGUGAAGGCACAGCAUCCAGACAACAGCGAGGAGGUUGUGACCCUGGUGGAGAACUUGCCUCAUGUGCUUGAGGCAGGAGCUCAGCCUCCUCGUGGCUUGGGCCUUUCCCACCAAGGGAGCACGGAAGAUGAAGAAAAGCCCAGUGUCCUCUUGCACACCAGUUGUCAGGAGUCCCUGUUCCCAGACCAGAUGUUAUCCCUGACUUGGAUGGAGGGAAAGAAGCCCGGAUCCUGGCUGUCCAGGGAACCGAAGAGGCCCUGCACCCAAGGAUCAGCUGCCCAGCCUGGGAGACCAGAACAGAGAUCAAGGAGCCUGCUGCUCUGGGAGAUAUCUCUGAAGCAAUACCACUCUCAGGGUCAGUAACAAAAAGGCCCAGAAGGAAUGCUGCUCCAGUUUCCACAUUGAGAGAAGUAGGUGAAAACGAGGACAAGCUGGGGAGACAGAAGGUCAGCCCUGCUCGAGUGAGUCCCAGGAGAGCUUUGUUCCCAAGGAGUUUCAGGAAAAUGACA